UCUGAGGGGAGUGUGGCUCUGGCCGAGGCCGCCAAGCCGGACGCGAGGACGGUGCAGGUGCUGCGGGACCUGGCCAACCGCCUGCGCAUCCGCGCCAUCCGGGCCACGUGUGCCUUGAGCUUCGGCCACCCCACGUCAUGCAGCAGUGCUGCUGAGAUCAUGUCGGUGCUGUUCUUUCAUGUCAUGAAGUACAAACAGGGGGACCCGGAGAACCCCAACAAUGACCGAUUCAUCCUCUCCAAGAGACUGUCGUUCAUUGAUGUGGCCACUGGCUGGUUUGGCCAAGGGCUGGGUGCUGCGUGUGGCAUGGCCUAUACCGGCAAGUACUUUGACAAGGCAAGCUACCGGGUGUUCUGUCUCAUGGGAGAUGGCGAGUCCUCCGAAGGCGCCGUCUGGGAGGCACUGGCUUUCGCUUCCCACUACAGUCUGGACAAUCUCGUGGCUAUCUUCGAUGUGAAUCGCCUGGGCCACAGUGGCGCCUUGCCCCUCGAGAACUGCAUCGAGGUCUAUCAGAAGCGCUGCGAAGCCUUUGGGUGGAAUACUUAUGUGGUGGAUGGCCGUGAUGUGGAGGCGCUGUGCCAGGUGUUCUGGCAGGCGACACAAGUGAAGAACAAGCCCACUGCGGUGGUGGCCAAGACCUUCAAGGGCCGGGGCAUUCCAAGUGUUGAGGAUGCAGAAAAUUGGCAUGGAAAGCCAAUGCCAAAAGAGAGAGCAGAUGCAAUUAUCAAAUUAAUUGAGAGCCAGAUACAGACCAAUAAGAGUCUCGAGCCAAAGUCUCCUAUUGAAGACUCACCUCAAGUCAACAUCGCGGAUACAGAAAUGCUCUCUCCACCUGCUUAUGAAAUCGGAGACAAGAUAGCGACUCGCAAAGCAUGUGGAUUGGCUCUGGCUAAGCUAGGUCACGCAAAUGAUAGAGUUACUGUGCUGGAUGGUGACACCAAGAACUCCACCUUCUCUGAGCUGUUUAAGAAGGAGCACCCUGAGCGCUUCAUCGAGUGCUUUGUUGCUGAGCAAAACAUGGUGAACGUGGCGCUGGGCUGUGCCGCCCGUGACCGCACUGUUGCUUUUGCUUGCUCCUUCGCUGCCUUUCUGACCCGAGCAUUUGAUCAGAUCCAGACAGGAGCCAUCUUGGGAAGCAACAUCAACCUUGUCGGCUCCCACUGCGGGGCGUCCCUCGGUGAAGACGGCCCCUCCCAAAUGGCCCUGGAGGACCUGGCCAUGUUCCGAGCUGUUCCCAACUGCACGAUUUUCUACCCAAGUGACGCGGUCUCCACUGAGCACGCUGUUUUUCUGGCAGCCAAAACCAAGGGGAUAUGCUUCAUUCGGACCAGUCGACCAGAAACUGAGGUUAUUUAUGCGCCACAAGAAAGCUUCCAGGUCGGAAAGGCCAAGGUGGUGCGCCACAGUGUGGACGACAAGAUCACAGUCAUCGCAGCAGGGGUGACUCUCCACGAAGCCUUAGCAGCUGCUGAUGAGCUCGCCAAGCAAGGUAUUUCUCUCCGCAUCAUCGACCUGUUUACGGUCAAACCCCUGGAUGUCGCCACCAUCGUCUCCAACGCCAAAGCCACGGGCGGCCGGGUCAUCACGGUGGAAGACCACUCCCCAGAAGGUGGCAUUGGAGAGGCUGUCUCCGCAGCUGUCUCCAUGGAGCCUGACAUCCUGGUCCAUCAACUGGCAGUGCCUGGAGUGCCUCGGAGUGGAAAGUCAAGUGAGCUGCUGGAUAUGUGUGGAAUCAGUGCCAAACACAUCAUCGUGGCUGUGAAAUGCAUCUUAAUGAACUAAGAUCGCUGCUGGCCUUAGUCUUGGAAGACUGGCCCCCAGACGUGUGACUGCUUGUUGCCAAGCCAUUGAGUUCUGUACUGCUGUGCUUUGUUCUUAGAAGCAGGUUAACUGCCUUCCUGUUAAGCUUAACUUCACAUCUGAGUGCAAUUGAGUCAUCAAAGCAGGUGCCAGACCUUCAGUGACACAGUAGCUAACAGCAGCAGCGCUGGGUAUUUCCUCGUGAGACAAUAGAUAAGUAAGUGGGCUGGGGAUAACCUCGGGUCCAGGAGUUCCGUGAAUGUGCGUGUUGCUGAUGAGUAAACGUGGUGUGAGGAGAGUGGUGGCAGCAUGUGCCGGGGCUCCCAUGCGUUGCCUCCUGCCACAGCUUCAGGGUGCCGUGGGGAGGCGCUGCCCUGGAUUGGCCUCUGCUGGUUGCUUCAUUUCCUUCUGCGGGCAGAGGCUGUGGAGCAACGAAAGCCCUCAGGGUGUCCUGUGCUUCGUGCAGGGACCGCCCGGUGGAGAGGACAUGCUAGUUCUACUCCCAUGUGACUGCACACUCGUGAGGUUCCAGAAGUGUCUCAUAUACCCACUGAUCAAACUAAAAUGUUAGCUCAGUUAUAGUCAUCUAGUAAGGAUACUAGUUCAAGUUCAUGUUAAUAAAGCAUUCAAAAAUA